CACUGAUUUUCGGGGCCAAUCCACAGACUUCAUCCAAGGCAUGUGAAGCUGAUUAGCUGAGUAGGAGAGAGAGAGAGAGAACUGACGUUGGAAAAGUUAUGGAAAAAAUCUAGAACCCUCUCGUGUGCAAUCCAAAUAGAGUAAAGACGCUGUUUCAGCCUCCUGGAGAGUGAAAGAUGUAUUUCUUUAAUGACUAAAAUGGAGUAAAGAUGUCUAGGUUCAAUUAGUAUUAUGCAAUCAAUUGUGCCCACUGGGCUGAACCAUUCCGAUAAAGCCAGAGACAACGGAGAAGAAACCCGGCAAGGCAUGGCGCUUGUAACUAGUCAAACUGUCAACGAUGGGCCUUUGUUCGCCGAGGUUGAUAUGGGCUCCGAUAACAACGCCACUACUGUCCGAGCCACGGUGGUUCAGGCCUCCACCAUCUUCUACGAUACCCCCGCCACUUUAGAUAAGGCCGAGAGGUUGUUGGCUGAAGCCGCGAGCCACGGAUCCCAGCUGGUUGUGUUUCCAGAAGCGUUUGUGGGUGGCUAUCCCCGUGGUUCCAACUUCGGUGUUUCUAUUGGAAAUCGGACAGCUAAGGGUAAAGAGGAGUUCCGCAAGUAUCAUGCUGCAGCCAUUGAUGUGCCAGGUCCUGAAGUUGAUAGAUUGGCGGCAAUGGCCGGGAAGUAUAAGGUGUAUUUGGUAAUAGGUGUUAUAGAGAGAGAUGGCUACACACUGUAUUGCACUGUUCUCUUCUUUGAUUCUCAAGGUCGUUACCUCGGAAAGCACAGGAAAGUUAUGCCGACUGCGCUGGAACGGAUUAUCUGGGGAUUUGGGGAUGGAUCAACCAUCCCAGUUUUUGAAACUCCCAUUGGAAAAAUAGGUGCUGCCAUUUGCUGGGAGAACAAAAUGCCUCUUUUGAGGACAGCAAUGUAUGCAAAAGGUGUUGAGAUAUAUUGCGCACCUACAGCUGACGCUAGGGAUGUGUGGCAAGCAUCUAUGACCCACAUUGCCCUAGAAGGUGGAUGCUUUGUUCUGUCGGCAAACCAGUUCUGUAGAAGGAGAGAUUACCCGCCCCCUCCCGAGUAUGUUUUCUCAGGCACAGAAGAGGACCUGACACCAGAUUCUGUUGUGUGCGCUGGGGGCAGUGUCAUCAUAUCACCUUCAGGGGCUGUUCUGGCUGGACCAAAUUACGAGGGGGAGGCUCUGAUCUCGGCAGAUCUUGAUUUGGGGGAAAUAGCGAGGGCAAAGUUUGAUUUUGAUGUGGUUGGACACUACUCAAGGCCUGAAGUGCUGAGCUUGACGGUGAGGGACCAUCCGACAAACCCAGUUAUUUUCACAUCAGCAUCCUCAAAAAUCGAGGACUCUCCCAAACCAUGAUCGGCAUUUUUUUGAACGUCUAAAUUUGGGGAUUUUCACCCUUGUAAUAAUGUCGGAUGGGUGUUGUAAUAUUGGACUCAAAACGUGUUUUUAUUGUACGUACUUUUGUAUGAUUGAUCAAUAUAUUUAGUAAAUAAACAAUACUAUUCCUUGACAAUA